UUUACUAUUUUUCAAUUUCCUUUCGGUUCCUCUCAUCAUCGUAGCGGCUUUCCACAAAUGGCGACCCAAUCCCUCUCUCGCUAUCUCCUCUCCAAACCAAAAUCCCUAACCUCCUUCCUCUUCCCUUCAUGCCCCCCUUUCUCUUCCUUUUCCCCCGCCGCCGCCGCUUCCCCCGUGAAAACCCUAAUAACCUCAUCGCCAUCCCCUUCCCUCUUUUUCCUCCGUCGUCUCCGUGCCCCACUUUGCUACUCGCUCCUCCUUCGCGACUCACUUUUCCCCACUGUCAAAUCGUUCUCCACUCGAGCAGCCAGGUCCUCUCUCAAUGACCCGAGUCCUAAUUACUCGAAUCGUCCCCCGAAGGAGACAAUAUUGCUCGACGGCUGUGAUUUUGAGCAUUGGCUCGUUGUGGUGGAGCCCCCUAAAGAGGAUGCUACUAGGGAUGAAAUUAUUGAUAGUUAUAUCAAAACCCUAGCUCAAGUAGUGGGCAGUGAAGACGAAGCUAGAAUGAAAAUUUAUUCAGUUUCUACUCGGCAUUAUUAUGCCUUUGGAGCCCUUGUUUCUGAAGAGCUCUCGUACAAGAUCAAGGAACUUCCUGGAGUUCGUUGGGUUCUUCCAGAUUCUUACUUGGACGUGAAGAAUAAAGAUUAUGGAGGUGAACCUUUCAUUAAUGGGCAAGCUGUGCCUUAUGAUCCCAAGUACCAUGAGGAAUGGGUGAGGAACAAUGCACGUGCAAAUGAAAGAAAUAGACGUAAUGACAGGCCUCGUAAUUAUGACAGAUCAAGAAACUAUGAGAGAAGAAGGGAAAACAUGCAGCCUCCUCCUAACCAGGGUAUGCAGAAUGCUGCUCCUAAUACAGCUAGAAGUCCACCUCCUAACAACAUGGGAGGAAUGCCUUACAACAAUAGGGGAGGUAUGCCAGCCAACAACAUGGGGGGAGGAAUGCCGCCUCCUAACAAUAUGGGAGGAAUGCCGCCUCCUAACAAUAUGGGAGGAAUGCCGCCUCCUAACAGUAUGGGAGGAAUGCCACCGCGGAACAACAUGGGAGGAGGAAUGCCGCCUCCUAACAAUAUGGGAGGAAUGCCGCCUCCUAACAACAUGGGAGGAGGAAUGCCGCCGCCGAACAACAUGGGUGGGAUGCCACCGGGUCCACCGAAUCAAGGAUGGUCUGGUAACAUGGGUGGAAAUGCUCAGAAUUUCCAAAAUCCUUACCAAGGUAAUACACAGAAUGUGCAAUAUCCGAAUAACCAUCCGCCAAAUAUGGGCGGGCCUGGUGGGAAUUACCAGUCUUAGAUAUUUGUUUUAGAUGAAUUGAAAGAAGACAUUUUUAGGAACAUUGUAGAUAAAGAGAAUAUCUGUUGAGCUUGUGGCUAUUAAAAUGAAUUGCUGUACUGCUGUGGAUGUUUGCUAAGUUCAUCAGUAUAUCUUCAUUAGUACGAAA